AUGCUUGAUCUCAUUGACUGGUCUUCACUUCCUGCUGGACUUUUACCCAAGUGGCUCUGGGUCGUUGGUGUCACUUCGUUCCUGAACACCUUCCAAGCUUUUGUUACCCUCAAAGCCACUCGCCGUCUCUAUGCUAAUAAACCUCAUGAAGUUACCAAUCUUUCUGCUCGUACAUUUGGAGUGUGGACCUUUCUCAGCUCUGUCAUCCGUCUUUAUGGUGCCUAUAAUCUCCAAUUUGCACCAAUGUAUAACAUUGUGAUCUGGACUUUUGGAAUUGCCUGGGUACACUUCGUGUCUGAGUUCGUUGUCUUCAGAACCGCCAAGAUCACUGGCCCUUACUUGGCCCCCUGCAUCGUCUCCACCACCUCGUUGAUCUGGAUGAUAUCGCAAUAUGACCACUAUGUUAAGCGCUAUUGA